AUGCUCCACAACCGGGGUGCAGCGGCAUUCUGCUAUGUGAUCUGGCGCCGGAUGUGCUGGAUAUGCCACCACCCGCGCAAAAAUAAUGCCUCCUGGGAGCAGUGCUGCGGCUCUGCACUGGUUGUGCAAGAAAAAAUAGUUCCCGAGAACAGUGCCUCCGCUGCGCAUGGAGGUAAAACUGUUAGACCUAGCACUGGAAACACAUAGUAUUCUGAGUGCACGUCCCAGCCAGGUAUGGAGUUCACAGCACUAUUCCCAGAAGAGGAGCUGACUGUCGUGCUAGCACGUUGGGCACUUAGCUGUGGCCUAUGUUUAAGAGGCACACUGACUGUAAUAUCAAUUAAUGGACACCAGGACAGAGAUAUUCAUUAAUGGUUAACCAUGACUGUGAUAUUUAUUAAUGGGCAAAAUACUGUGGUAUUGUUUAAUAGGCAAACUUACUGUGGUAUUUAUUAAUGGGCUCCAGGUUUGUCAUUUGUUUAAUGGGCAAGCCGACUGUGGUAUGUUCUGAGGGGCAAGGUAACAAUGUACUGUGUAUUCACUUACUUAUUCCUACUAUUUUUCUAUAUAUUUUUUUGCUUGUGAGCCAUGGAAUUCUAGGAAGGAUUUGCCUUGGGUGAUAAAAGGUUGUGGAGCAUUGGCAAACAAUAUCUCUGAUGUCAAUUUUAAACGAUCUGUAUAAGUAGAUUAGUAUUAAAUGUAAAUAAUUAUCAAAAUAAAAAUAAUUUAAAAAAUAAAACUAAAAAUAUAAAGAAUAUAUAAAUAAAAAAAAUAUACAAAUGAGGCCCAAGCGCCUAAACAAAAUUAUAAAACAAAACAAUAAAAAAUAAAUUCUUGAUUGAUAAAAAAGUUAAAAAGAGGGGGGCGGGGCCUGACAGCCGAGCAAACUGGUCGCACCAAACCAGAGCUCCAUGCGAGAACCGGCAAACAAGUGACUUACCCCUAAAAUAUCUUACUGAAUUUACUAAUCUAACGAACCAGAGUAGCGGUGAUAUCCCGAGGCUCAAAUGGCUGGAUUGCCGGACUCUGAGAAGCGAUCUGAAGCGGAUACAGGGUUGCGGCGCCAGCAGCUUUGUGGUAAAACGCUACAACACUCAAGACCCCGUUCACCCCCUCUUGCCGGUGAGGGAUUUCCCGGCACAAUCAUCCAAGCGACUGAUACAAUCGGAACUUACCUGAUCCACACAAGCUGCACUGCAGCACAGUCAAGGCCAAAAUGGCGUGCGCCUGCCAUACCAACAACGCACGGCCUGCUGGACAACUAUGAACAGCGGCUGGACGCACUAUUCCAGGAUUUCUGGCAGAGAAUGUGGCACAGAGGGGCACCAGUUGAGGGGAUGACCGACAAGAAGCAGCACUCACCUUCCGAUGGCAUGAAACACAAGACAGGUGAACCUCGGGGAACCCGAUCAGCCCCCAAACCACAGAAGCCGGGGAGGAAGAGAGACAGCCUGAGAGCCACAGACUACUCAAAGUCAUCCACUGCUCACUACUGCCCUCUGAGAACGAGAGAUCGACGUACGAGAGAACCAGGAGGCUUGCGCCCAAAGGGAACGGCUAAAGCCAUCAAGCCCCCUCACGAAACUUACAGCAAAGCCGCAGGGGACUCUGGGCACCUCAUCACACGGAGUACUCGGCUAUGA